AUGCGAUGGCUGUUCUGGUCAUCCAGCCCGCAGCAGCAGAUGCCCAAUAACGAGAACAACAAUACGAAACACACCCCGGCACAAGCAGAAACAUCCUCCUCCUCCUCGCCUUUUCAUGCCCAGUGCGCCAACUGCUCUUCCCUCACCGCGAACCCCCAUACAAAUACCUCCAACCCACUAACACCCUCGCGCCAAACUCCCCACCCGCCAACACGAGACUGGAACGCUUCCCUCAGCGCCCGCGACUGGGCCGGCGAGUUCAAAGAUCCACGAAACCUAGUCCCCACCCUCCUGCUCUCCGGCGGCAUCUUACUCUGUCUGCGGAUCCACCGCAACAUAUUCGGACAAGUGACGAGUGUAGGCGAUGGGGAUAACUUCCGCAUGUUCCAUACCCCUGGCGGCCGACUAGCCGGCUGGGGGUGGUUGCCUUUUUCGCAAAGUGCCGACGUCGAAGAAGGAGUUGAAAGAUCGGACUGCGUCGACGCCCCUGAACUCCCCCAUUUCGGCCGCCCCGCCCAACCCUUCUCCCACGCCGCCCACACCUGGCUAACAAACUACCUGCUCAGCAGGCGCGUGCGUGCCUACGUCUACCGACAGGACCAGUACGGCCGCGUUGUGGCCACCGUGUACGUGCGCCGUUGGCCGUUCCCCUUCAUCCGGCGCGAUGUGGGUUUGCAAAUGUUGCGGGCGGGGCUGGCAACGGUGUAUGAGGCGAAGAGUGGGGUGGAGUUCGGUGGGGAGGCGAUGGAAGGGAAGUAUAGGCGUGCGGAGGAGAGGGCGAGGAGGCUGCGGAGGGGGUUGUGGAAGGCAAAGGGUACGGUGGGGUGGGAGAGUCCGCGGGAGUAUAAGACAAGGAUGGCGGUGUUGGAAGGGGAGAGGGCUGCUGCUGCUGCGGGUGGUGGUGGGGAGGGUGAGAAGAAGUAG